UCAUCUUGUCAAAUAUAUUAUUUUUCACAACUGCAUACAUAUUUUAUGCUAUAUGUAUAUUUGUAUACUCAGGAUUUGAAACACAAUCAAGUUUAGUAAUGACUUUGCUAAAGCCAGUUUUAAGCCACAAUUGUAUCUGUUUAUCGAUUUUUGGUGCUUUUUAUGCAUAACGCUUAUAUAUUUCGUUAUUUUGUACGGUUAUAAGUAAUUUAAUUUUAGUCAUUAUGGUGUGCGUUAUUUACGAACAAAGACAUUUUUCGGAGAAUAAAAUAAAUGUCUAAUGUGUACAUUGAAAGGAAAAAAACAAGGUUUAAAAUUAAUAUAAAAAUCUGCUUUUGGUCUUAUAUUUUUUUUAGACCAUAAGAAUUGGUUGUGCUGAAAAAAAUCAAGUUGGUAAAUAGCGGACACCCUGACAUACAUAAAUUUUUAUUUCAGCUUCACUUACCAACAAGAAGCCAGACGCAAUCAAGACUCUUUAUCAGACGGACGCACAAAAGUUCAAUUAUUAAAAAUAAAACCUGACAUUCCAAUACAUCUUGUAGCGUAUUAUCAAAUGUUUGCUAGUUUUGGGUUAAGUUGGAUAUUGUUGCUAGGUGUCAAUUUUACAAUUAUCAUUGGUACGAGUGAAGCCACAGGCGAAGCAACUAGUAUUUCACUAUACGCUAGCUCUCCCGAAUUUAGGUUUAAUAAAAGUGGAAUAAAUGUGCAACAAGAAGUACGCCCUUCGUCGACCUCUAUCGGGCUUUCAGAUUUCAGUUUCGAGACCCCUUUCCCAGUAGCCCUCACCCAUUCCUUGAACGAGAAUGCCCUAACACACGGCAGUGGAAGUGUUGGCGUAGGCUUUGUCGAAAAGAAUGUUGUUGAGUCGUUAACAGCAGAGAAUCGGAACGAAGCUUUUCAAAUUGUAAACGAGUGGAAGUAUUUAGACUUCGAUUAUCCAACUUAUACACAACGCCAAGAAGCUAUUUCAAAUAGAGAUUUUAUUCCAGAAAAUAAUCUUCCAUUGGGUAUUGACGUUUAUGGCGAUCGAUUAUUCAUAACUACACCACGAUGGAAAGAUGGUGUACCAGUAAGUCUUUCUUACUUACCAUAUCCACCAAAAGAACGCAGUCCUGCCUUACGACCCUACCCGGAUUGGGGUUCUCACAGCAAUAUUCAAGAACUCGAUUGUAGUAAACUUAUAUCUGUUUAUCGAUCCUCAAUCGACUCAUGUGGCCGCCUGUGGGUGAUUGACUCCGGCAUUGUGAACGCUACGGCCAAUCUAAAUCAGAUUUGUCAACCGAAGAUUGUUGCUUUUGAUUUGGCCACCGAUAAAAGAGUAGUCAGUUUCACGCUACCUCCAGAUCAAGUGAAGCAGGACUCUUUACACUCAAAUAUUUUGGCCGAUGUGCUUACCGAUCAGUGCGAGAAUGCAUACGUCUAUGUAACGGAUGUCUGGCGUUUUGGUAUGGUCGUCUAUAGCUUAGCUGAAAACCGAAGCUGGCGUGUAACCAACUAUAACUUUAUUCCCAAUCCGAUUGCCUCUGAUUUUAAUGUUUAUGGACUAAACUUUCAGUGGUUAGACGGUGUAUUCGGAAUGAGCUUAUCGUUGGACGAGGAAGUGAAACGUCCCACUGCCGAACGUAUACUAUAUUUUCAUCCCAUGGCCAGCUUUAAGGAAUUUUCUAUUUCAACAAAGCUGCUACAAAAUGAAAGCCUUUGGCCUGCUCGAGCCCAAGAGAUUGCCAAAUAUUUCGUUGAAAUCGGGGACCGUGGAAAUUUAGGGCAGUCCUCCUCAGCUGGGAUAGCGCGAAAUGGUAUUAUGUUCUACACUCAGGUUCAUCGAGAUAAUGUGGCUUGCUGGAAUACCGCUAAACCAUAUGUUCGCGCUAAUUUGGCUAUGCUCCUAAGCCGUGGACAAAAUUUGGUGCAAUUUCCCAACGAUUUGAAAGUGGAUAAGGAACGCGAUCAAGGACUGUGGGUAAUGAGCAAUAAGUUGCCUAUUUAUUUGUAUGGUAUGUUGGAUUACAGCGAAGUUAAUUUUCGCAUAGUACGUGCUAGUGUGAGCGAUGCCAUACACAAUAGUGUUUGUGAUCCGCGAGUGCAGGAUGCUCAUUUUAACAUUCCUGUUAUGGUGCAAUUACAUGAAGGACAAUGCUACUAGAGCUUCAAAUACUCACCAAUGUUUUUGGUAGCAGUCUGCUUGAUUUUCUAAUAAUAGAGUUAUUUUACUUUAUAAUGUAUGUGUAUGUUGAUACAAAAUGUAUAUAUGCAUUGUAUAUGCCCAAUAAACACAUUCUAACAUUGUCUUCAAGAAGAUUGUCUUCAAGAAGACAAUGCAAAACUGCCCAACAAUCACAAAUUAA